AAUGUCAGAAUGACAGUAUUUAUCUCAAUCAACAAGACUUCUCAGUUAAUAGCCGCAGCCAAUAAAAAGCCUCGUUCAGAAGAAAAGGACAAACAAACAAAUAAAUUGUUAAAGAUUGUUUUUUAAAAAAAAUCAUUAGAAGUCCUUUCCAGUUUCAAUAAUUACUUCGAAACUUUCAUUGUCUAAGUUCAAAGUUUGUCUUGGAAGAUAAAAAGAAAGAAUUAGCAUGAAGCUACACGAAAGCCCAUCCUUCUUCAAGGUCUUGAUAAUGGACUUCAACCACCAGCUCCGCAUACCGCAAGAUUUCUCGCGAGAACUCGAACGAGUCCUUGUCGCGAGCACGCGAGCGACACUGAGGGUAAGUUCGGGGGUUACUUGGGACGUGAAGGUGGAAAAAAUGGGGGACGGUAAUUAUAAAUUUACCGAGGGUUGGGGUGAAUUUGCUAGGGACGUCGGGUUGAAACUCGGGGAAUUUAUGGCGUUUUGGCUCGUUGGGAAAUCGCUAUUCGAUGUAGCCAUUUUUGAAGUCAGCGGUUGUGACAGAGAAUUUCCUCUCCUAGAUGACGACUCUGUAGAUGAUGAUGUGGAGUGCGGGAAACACGAUGCUCCAGACGUGAUGGAAAAUAAGCAGCAUUUAAAAGCUCGUGUGGGAUCAAAGAAAAGCCCACUGUACUUUGAAAUUACUCUGAAAAAUCAUCAAAAGUCAAGAUUGACACUCAGCAAGAACUUUUGGGAGGCUGCUGGUUUGCUGGGUAAACAAAGUGUGGACCUCGUGUACCUGCCUAAGCACCAUAAACAGAACGUUGUAAUUGAUCACAGACCGCCUGGAAACAGACUGGACUUGGCUGCGGGCUGGCCCACAUUCCGGAAAGCAAACGGGCUGGUCAUUGGAAAGGCUUACAAAUUUGAGUUCAAGCCCGGGAAGAAUGUCAUCCAGGUCCAGAAGUUGAAGACUGUUAAGUAGCCCCUUGAGGCCCAUUAUGUAUUUUGCACCUAGUUUAUCAUGAUGAAUGAAGAUGAAAUCCAACUCUCUUUGGAAAGGCGAGUAAUAUGUCUUCUGGUCUAAUUAUAAUUUUGAACUGGAAUGUAUGUUAAUGUAUGGAUAAAUAUUUUGUGGACUGUCGCUGACUUUUGUUUAGUUUAUUGUGAUUAUAGUUUUUGCUUUAACGGGUGUGGGCAACUUUUUAGUAUUAGCUAUUACUCAAUCCUAUGCACAUGUAUAGACACAAAC